AUGGCGGACGACGUGGAGGAAAAACGCGUUGAAAAAACGAGUGAAAAAGCAAGUGUUUUAUCCUCUCUACCUUUCAGUCAAAACGAUAAAGAUGUUAUCGAAAGACAGCUAAAUGUAACGUGCGUCAAAACAAGCUCACUUGAUUCUAUUAUUGAUGUUUAUGACAUCGAAAAAACAGCUGAGGUUAUCGAAAAACAUGGCUACAAAAAUAUUGCACUACAGUUUCCAGAUGCCCUUCUGCCAGAUUCGUCAACGAUUGCCAAUUUAUUAGAGCAAAAAACGCGACAGAAAGUGUUUGUGUUGGCCGACACAUCGUAUGGUAGUUGCUGUAUUGAUGAAGUUACGGCUGAACACAUUAAAGCUGAUGUUAUUGUUCACUAUGGAAGGGCUUGUUUGAGUCCUACCAGAAGACUCCCAGUCUAUUAUGUGUUUGGUAAAUUUUCUAUUGAUGUCGCAAAGUGUAUUGAGCAUUUCAAGCAACUUGUCGAAGACAAACAGACUAAAGUGGUUCUCAUGUACGAUGUCGUCUAUGCUCACUCCAUUGAAUAUCUUCACCAACAGCUUCAAUCUCACUACAGAAACUUAAUAGUAACACAGAUAGAAUCAACAUCUAAUAUUAUCAGUGCUGUAGCUGAAUUAAAUCAUAAUCUUCAACAAAAWGUGGAUGAAAAAAGGGAAAUAAAUGGGAAUAUUUUUAAAAGGUUUGGAUUUGAAUUUACCUUACCCAGUGGAGAUGUUAUAGAUGAUUAUCAAGUAUUUUAUAUUGGACAACAAAGUCUUCAUUUAACAAAUCUGAUUAUGAAUUACAACAAAUGUCAGUUUAUUACAUAUGAUCCAGAAACAAAUAAAGCCAGAAAAGAAACUUUGAAUGUGAAUAGAGCAUUAAUGAAAAGAUAUUACAUGAUACAAAAAGCAAAGGACGCACAGGUUGUUGGUAUAGCUAUUGGRACCCUUGGUGUAGCGGAUUAUUUAGAUGUUAUAGAAAGACUAAAGAAGGUUUUAAGUAUUGCUGGUAAAAAGUAUUACACAUUUGUGAUGGGCAAACUUAAUGUUCCCAAGAUGGCAAACUUCAUGGAGAUAGAUGUCUUUGUUCUUGUUGCGUGUCCUGAAAACACUAUGAUUGACUCCCAGGAGUUUUACAAACCAAUUGUCACCCCAUACGAGAUGGAGAUUGCAUGUCUCAGAACUCAAGAAUGGACUGGUGAAUAUAUCACAGACUUCAGACAACUAUUACCAGGUUCAAACAAUUUCCAAAUUUUGCUAUGUUUUAGUUUCUUUUUCAAAAGACUCAGAAACAUUGCCUACUUAUACACUUUUUGUAAAUGGCUACCAAACACCUUAAAUGCCACAGUGCACACAAUCAUUUCAGAACUAAUCAGGAAAGAGAUGACAAGAAAAACUCAGAGCGUAAAUCUUAUUACCAGAAGACUCCCAGUCUAUUAUGUGUUUGGUAAAUUUUCUAUUGAUGUCGCAAAGUGUAUUGAGCAUUUCAAGCAACUUGUCGAAGACAAACAGACUAAAGUGGUUCUCAUGUAUGAUGUCGUCUAUGCUCACUCCAUUGAAUAUCUUCACCAACAGCUUCAAUCUCACUACAGAAACUUAAUAGUAACACAGAUAGAAUCAACAUCUAAUAUUAUCAGUGCUGUAGCUGAAUUAAAUCAUAAUCUUCAACAAAAUGUGGAUGAAAAAAGGGAAAUAAAUGGGAAUAUUUUUAAAAGGUUUGGAUUUGAAUUUACCUUACCCAGUGGAGAUGUUAUAGAUGAUUAUCAAGUAUUUUAUAUUGGACAACAAAGUCUUCAUUUAACAAAUCUGAUUAUGAAUUACAACAAAUGUCAGUUUAUUACAUAUGAUCCAGAAACAAAUAAAGCCAGAAAAGAAACUUUGAAUGUGAAUAGAGCAUUAAUGAAAAGAUAUUACAUGAUACAAAAAGCAAAGGACGCACAGGUUGUUGGUAUAGCUAUUGGRACCCUUGGUGUAGCGGAUUAUUUAGAUGUUAUAGAAAGACUAAAGAAGGUUUUAAGUAUUGCUGGUAAAAAGUAUUACACAUUUGUGAUGGGCAAACUUAAUGUUCCCAAGAUGGCAAACUUCAUGGAGAUAGAUGUCUUUGUUCUUGUUGCGUGUCCUGAAAACACUAUGAUUGACUCCCAGGAGUUUUACAAACCCAUUGUCACCCCAUACGAGAUGGAGAUUGCAUGUCUCAGAACUCAAGAAUGGACUGGCAAAUAUAUCACAGACUUCAGACAACUAUUACCAGGUGCAAGUCAUUCAGUGGAUCUCAACGACAAGGAAAAUCUUGACGAGGACAGCCCACCAGAAAUAUCWCUUAUAACAGGAGAAAUGAGACCUAACUACAGAACAAAAGAUGAAGAGCAAAGCUCUACAUCGCUUGUCGAGAGAAACCAAGAAUCAGYAAUCUCCACCCAGCACCACAUUAAUGCAGCUGAAUUUCUUGCUACAAGAUCUUGGCGAGGACUGGAACAGAAUCUYGGUGAGACGGCCGUGUGUCAAGCAAAGGAAGGGAGAAUGGGAAUAGCAUCGGGAUACACCAAUGAGAAGAGUGACUCGUAACGCGCUCUCAUCGAGUGGGAAAGGACAUUGAUGKAUCUCUCUAUUUGGGCUUCCUGUGUUUUCAGUGCGACCAAGGAGAACUUGUACAUGUCUUAAUUAAUGAUCUGGCACUUGAACUGUCAAGCCUAUGAAGCCRUAAUCGAUAUUKUGRUGAUAUUUGUCAGUGAGUCGAUUUCUGCUCGGAAAAUGCUCGGAARAUAUUGACAAAAAAGCAUUUCAUGAAUGMGUUUCGUUUUAUAUAAAUCUCGAGGAGUUAUAUCGAAAAACAGAUUCAUGAACUGAUUGCCGCGCCCGGCAACAUCAGAGAUCACCAGCUCAUGUUAAGAGGCUUUAAUAAUAAAUAAGUUUAUCACUGAAAAAAUCUCAAUAACAUGGCAGUUUUAAUGUCUUAAAUGUAUUGAUUUGACAGCAAGCUAAGUGUUCAUUUUCAUCUUCCAAUUUUACAGUAAUUACUCAUUGAAUUAUGAGUUCCGGCUAUUGAUAAUCGAGCCAACUCAAGUUCUUUCUCAAACAUUCGCUGUGUUUUCAGUACAUUGACUGACGUUUAGUGCCAACUCUGGAAAAGUUGAAAAGCUUUAGGGACAACCAUAACUCAAGUAACUGAAUCCAUUUGAUUGUUUACAACUAUUUAGAGAGUUACUGAAAGAAUUAUGAUGGAUUUUCAAAGCUUUCUUUGCUACUCCAGCAAYUGGUACACAUUGGUUCUAGUUGUUUGCUUCAUGUAUUUCCUMUUUGCGGUYAUGUCGGCUGUUGUAACUAAAGAAAGCGGAUAUCUCAAGUUCAGCUCCAUAUUCCAUGAUAAUUUGGUGUUUUCGCUGGCUCUUCUGGCAGUUUUUCAGCGACUUUUGUCGACAAGAAUCGCAUUUCCUCUCGAGUUUCAUGCACUAACGAAGCACCACAGGUGGUCGCUAAUGACAACGUGUGAGCUCACUUCAUACUGCCAUUUCUUCUUGCAACUGAACUUUUURUUUUCUUCGUUUGGAGUUUUAUAUAGUUUACCUUCAAAAAUAGCUUCAACAACACCAUUAUCGAGGUAUAAUACUAGUGAAAAGUCAAAGAAAAAAACUAAAAAUGACUGCGUAGACCGUCAAUGGACGUCAACCAUUUUGAACAAAAUGGUGGAAAAAUCCCUACGCGUCUUACAAAGGAUUCUUGGUAAACUUCGUCAGGGAAGCUCACCGAGAUACAUUCAUAGUCAAGCAAAGGUUGUCAUCUCUGUUCAAUGGAUACUAGCAAUGCUUUUCUCGCUUGGCUUCGCGUGCAAUAACACUUUUACAUUUCCAAAAACRAUAUUUUUAUGUUGCUUCAGACCCGUGUACAUUGGUGGAGGCGUCAAAGUGUUUUUUACUGCUGUCUUUGUUGCGUACAUCUUUGCCAUUAUUAUCAUAGUUUGGUUAACUAAAAGUAGGAUUUUACGAAUGGUUGUAAACGCAAAUCGUGURCACUUGAAUAGUACCAUUAAAAAUGGAUUUGCUAUAUGACAAGUACAAAUUAGACGCUCUAAGAGCGCGCACAUCGAGCUUCCAAGCUGGAUUCAUCUCGGCAGUCAUUGAAUCGAGACUGUACCAUUUUCUUAUAGAGAAAACUAGAUGAAUUACUCGUCCUGCAGUGUCUCAUCUUAACUUUUAAUUAUUAAAUUAAUUCAUAGACGAUCAAAGUUGAGCAUGAAGGGAUGUUUUAAGAAAUAAAUCUUGUUUUAUAUUUGA